GACCAAAAUAUGCCUCCAUAUUAGAUAGAUUUAUGUUCUGAAAUAUAUAUUGUAUGUAGCAAAAACAAAGUUGAAAAAUUUAAUGACAGUUUAAGUUGCUUUAGCCAAUAUAUUAAACUGUUGUACCGAGAUUGUUAAACAACUGCUCUCUCAAAGCUAAGAUUGAAGUUCUUUCAUGAGGUCUCAUCAUGCUGGUGAAGGUGAAUUAUCUUCUUCAGGUGAAGAAAUACAUCAAAUUGCAAGAUAGGUUCACAUUUGAGGAGUUUCUAAACGAAGUAAAAAAAAAAUUUGGGCUUACAGCAAAUGAUGCACUUCAAGUCUUUGAUGAGACAAAUACUAAUGUGGAGGAAGAUAUUUUUCAAGAGUUGGUUCAGAGCAACCCACAGAUAUGCUUCACAGUAAAAUGUCCUCCACAAGGACUUUUUUCUGAUCUGGAUGUUUCUGGUGCUACCUCAACACCAAGUACAUGCACUGAUACACUUUCAAACUCCAGUGAUGUAGAAGGGUUGGAGAGAACUAAACUGAACCUGUCUGCAAGCUCAAACUUUAAUAAUGGCAGAGAAAUCACAAGUGCUGAAAAGGCAAAACAGAUUGUUCAAAAUGCCCUGAAAGAGAAACCUGGUGGUUUGGAUGUUCUUGAAGAAUAUGAGCUAACUAAAACACUGAAGCACAGCACGAGACGACAGCUUGUUAAUGUUCUUGUUAGCCAUAUGACAGAGGUUCAUGGGAGGAUUCCCACACUUAAACAGAGAGAGACGUAUGCCUUGGGCAUUGUUUCUCUUUUCCCUGCUCUAAGAGACCCAUAUUCAUCGAAGGGCUAUGAACAUUUUUAUGAUCCCGAGAAGGGAACAGGAUUUAUUUCUUGGCGGCUUAAAACUCUGUCAAGGAAGAAUCCAAAACGUGUUUACUUGAUGUCUCAUGAGACUGGUGGACCAAGUCGUCGAAGAAAAAUAGAGGACACUGAACAACUUGAUGGAGAUGCAUGCAGAGAAGCCAUUUCACUCCUUCUCCACACCGCUGAUGAGACUGAAGUUAGGCAAAAGAUGAAGCAAACCUUUAAGCAUCGGCAAGAGCUCGUUCAUAACCCGGAAAGGUCAACUGACAUCUUAAAAAUCUUUCCAAGAUUUUUAGAAGUAAAAGGGUUGGUAAAUCAAGACUUUAUUUUGCUGUUUAAUGCUGAAACAUCUGCAAAAUUGCUUGAGCAGUGGGAGAUGGCAUUCAAGCCAAAAGUCAUUGAAGAAGCAAAGUCUCUCACUUUGACAGCAGAACUUCAAAGUCACAUCAGUGCAGCAGAGAAACAACAGUCUGAACACGAAUGGGACAGUGACAUUUCCUCUUUCUUGUUGCUGUUGCAUUUGCUACCACCUUCUGCAGGGAGAAAGAAAGUUAAAAUCAGUCCCACUGAUGCUGUUGACAGGCUUGUACAUUUUCAUAAGUCCUGUACCAGCAUUGAAGAACAUCUCAGGGUGAGAGAAGGCCACCAACCAUACCUACUUGCAGUAGGACGAACCAAGAAGAGGAUUGACAAUUUUGAUGUCGUUGUUGACAAGCAGCUCAUCCCCUGUGCAAGAGCCACCUCCCUUAGUGCCAUAGAUGAACUUUUCAAAGUUCAUUACAUCUUUAAUCUAACCUAUGAGGAAUCCCUGGCAAAUGUCUACACCUUUCUACAGACAACAGUCUACAACAUUGACGUUGGUCUAACAAGCGAGUCACCAAGAGUAAGAGAACUACGUGUGAAAUUGUUAAACGAUGUUUAAAUGUUUUUGCUGUGAGAGUUUGUAUGCAAAUAGCCAGCAGCUGAUAUCUUACUUGCAAGUUACACACAGUUUCUAUCCUUCAUUGAAGUUCAGGAUGAUUUGUAUGCAAGGCGAUUGUAGGCGCCGGUUUUGUACUUUUUCAGGGUUUAGGAAACAUUUAAACAGUGUUCAUUUUGAGGAUAAUGGUUUGCAUUAUGUAGAACCACAGUCAUCCCAAGAUGUUGAUAGUAAUCAGUUAGGUUCUAUACAGACAGGCGUUGGUGAUUCCCGAGGUGCCUCUUAUUUUGAGAACAAUGGUGACAGUGAUACCCAAGGUUUUCCCACAGAUUGUCUGGACAACAAUGAUGACUGCCUUUCUGAAAGAGAUACAAAGGCUAUGUGUGCUUCAAUUUUGGCCAAAUUACAAUGCAGCGGCGUGGCAAACAGUUUAAUUUCAGCACUUGUCUCAGAUCUUGAAGAGCUUACUUCUGAAGUUCACACACAAACUCAACACAAACUAUUGUCAUCUAUUCCUCUUGAUAAUCCAGUCAGGUUAGCAGUCAAGAGUAGUUUUACACAUUUUGAAAACCCAUUUGUUUGCUUUAACACAGAAAGCAAAAGAACCAAUUAUUUCAUUGAUAAAUGGAGUGUAGUUGAGCCAGUUGAAAUUGGACUUGGCAUGAGGUAUGAUGUGAGACGCAAUAAAAAAACAGGCUGUUAUGAUCAGGUCCCAGUAAAAGAUACCUUUGUUUAUGUACCAAUAUUAGAAACUUUAAAAUUUAUGUGUCAAAAUUCAGAUGUAUGUAGAUUGAUUAGGGAAUCUUCAGAAAGGCAGCGAUCAAAUGAUUAUAAGGACUUUUGUGAUGGAAGUUACUUCAAGGCUCAUC